CUUUUAGUUUCUGGUUGCCUUUUGUGGGAUCUUUAUCAUCUGCUGCCUUCUGUUGAUUCCCAUGUGGGCAACACAAUAGCUAAUUAGCUGGCUAGCUAGCUAGCUAGCAGAUUCUUAUUUUUCUCUGUUAAUUUCUUGAGAAUACAAGUGAAUCUCUUUCCAAAGAAGGGCAGAUGAAUUCAUCUCAAGAUCCCAAUAGCUGCUUUAAGAAGUCCAACGUAGCAAGAGGAGGAGGUCUUCACAGAGUACUGUGUAUGCAAGGCGGAGAUGACGAUAGUAGCUAUGCAAAGAACUCAGAAGCACCUGCAUCUGCAAUCAGCUUAUGUAGGCCGCUGCUACUAACAACUAUUGAAUCCAUGAAAAUUUUCUUCAGGAACGAGGAAGAAGCUGAGUCUCUAAGGGUAGCAGACUUGGGUUGUGCAACUGGGUACAAUACUUUAGCCACAUUAGAUAUGGUUGUGGAAGCCUUGAGACGGCGUUACAUUAACCAGUGUGGUUUCGAGCCUGAAUUUGAGGCGUUCUUUUCUGAUCUCCCAUCCAACGAUUUUAAUUCAUUGUUUCGGUCAUUGAGUAAUAUUGGUAUCUUAUCUGACAACAAAAGAAAGCAGUAUUAUGCUGCUGGUGUCCCUGGAUCCUUUUAUGGUCGUCUCUUUCCUAGAAGAAAGCUUCAUGUCGCGGUUAGCUUGAGCGCCUUACACUGGCUUUCUCAGAUACCAGAUGGUGUUUUAGAUAAGAGAUCAGCAGCCUGGAACAAAGGAAGAGUGUGGAUUGAUGGAGCAAAGAAGGAAGUAGUCGAAGCAUACGCGAAGCAAUCAGAGAAAGACUUGGAGGACUUUCUGAAAUGCAGGAAAGAAGAAAUCGUGCAAGGAGGAAUGUUGUUUUUACUAAUGGGAGGGAGGCCUGCGUCUCAACAGCCUGAUAAUCAGUUAAGUGAUCCAGACUCAAGAGCUAAGCAUCCUUUCACCACUUCCAUGGAUCAGGCAUGGCAGGACCUUAUAAAUGAGGGUAUGAUUGAUGAAGAGACGAGAGAUGGAUUCAACAUUCCGGCAUACAUGAGAAGCACGGAGGAGGUGGAGAGGGCAAUAAGAAGAUGUGGUGGGUUUGAGAUAGAAAGAAUGGAAUACAGCAGAAUAGUGGAGCAUUCACAGGAGAAGCAAAAGCAGUGGAUGAUAGAUCCCAUUUCCUUUGGUAAAGCCAAAGCCAACUUACUACGUGCAACUCUGGGGCCCCUUAUUGAGGCUCACCUCGGUCCCUAUCUCUCUCACCAACUCUUCAUUCGCUUCCAAAAUCGGGUCUCUUCUGAUAUUAGUCUUCUCCAUAAAACCUGUUUUUAUGGUGUUAUUGUAGCGUGUGCGAUCCGAAAGUGACACACACCACACAACCUUCAAUUCCCAAUGACCUAAAUCUCAUUAUAUUAGUAAUCGGAGACUAUUUAUAUCGCACAUGAUUCAGGCCCCUGGCUUUGCCUAUUUUUAAGAUUAUGUUUGAGCUUUAGAAGUUUGUAUGCAUAUAU